CCUCCUCGUCUCUUUUCAAACAAAUCCAGCUGCCAAGGAAGCACUCCUAUACAACAAUACUCCCGUCCUCCUCCUCCUCCUCCUCCUCCUCUCUCUCUCUCUCUCUCGGUUGGACUUCAAAUGGACGUUCGCCGGAGGCAUACUAAACCCCCACGUCCGGCCAUCACUGCACCCAGCGGACCCCAUCGACAGCAGCAGCAGCAGCAUCACAAGCAUUCGAAGGCCGUUGAUCAUGCUGCUCCCCCGACCCCACACCCACAGGCCUCAGAUGCCCUCCCUCUCCCUCUUUACCUCACCAACGGCAUCUUCUUCACUCUCUUCUUCUCCGUCGCCUACUUCCUCCUCCACCGUUGGCGUGACAAGAUCCGGACGUCUACCCCUCUCCACGUCGUGACCCUAUCCGAGAUCGCCGCUAUUGUCUCUCUCAUUGCUUCCUUCAUUUACCUCCUCGGCUUCUUCGGCAUCGAUUUUGUCCAAUCCUUCAUCACCCGUGCGUCCCACGAUGCCUGGGACGUCGACGAUGAGAACGAACAGUUCCUCAUCGAAGAUGACCGUCGAUGUGGUCCAUGCGCUUCCGAAGUCGUUGGUCAAUGUCCUCCCAUCCCUCCUCACAAAUCCCCACUUCCUCCGUCUCCCCCUGCUGUUCUUCCUCCCAAGAUGGUGCAUACCGUCCCCCUCGUCACCCCUUCGGCGGAAGAAGAUGAGGACAUCAUCAAAUCCGUUGUCGCCGGUACCAUUCCCUCCUACUCGCUCGAAUCCAAGUUAGGAGAUUGCAAGCGUGCCGCGGCAAUCCGCCGUGAGGCCCUGCAAAGAAUGACGGGGAGUUCUCUUGCUGGUUUACCUUUGGAGGGUUUCGACUACGAUUCUAUUUUGGGCCAAUGCUGUGAGAUGCCUGUUGGGUACGUCCAGAUUCCAGUGGGAAUUGCUGGGCCAUUGUUGCUUGAUGGAAGGGAGUUCGUUGUGCCGAUGGCCACCACCGAAGGGUGCUUGGUGGCAAGUACCAACAGGGGUUGUAAGGCGAUUUAUGCCUCUGGUGGGGCGACGAGUGUGUUAAUGAGAGACGUGAUGACUAGGGCGCCGGUCGUGAGGUUUGAUACGGCCAAGAGAGCUGCAGAAUUGAAGUUCUUCGUGGAGGAUCCGACCAAUUUCGAUACAUUGGCGCUUGUCUUUAACAAAUCGAGUAGAUUUGCGAGGCUGCAAGGCAUCCAAUGUGCAAUAGCCGGAAAGAAUCUCUAUAUGAGAUUUAGUUGCAGUACUGGCGACGCUAUGGGGAUGAACAUGGUCUCCAAAGGUGUACAGAACGUCCUGGAUUUCCUCCAGAACGAUUUCCCCGACAUGGACAUCAUCGGCAUCUCUGGAAAUUUCUGCUCAGACAAAAAGCCAGCUGCUGUGAACUGGAUUGAAGGGAGAGGCAAGUCUGUAGUAUGUGAGGCUAUCAUUAAGGACGAAGUGGUGAGGAAGGUGCUGAAGACCAGUGUCUCUGCGCUUGUUGAGCUUAACAUGCUCAAAAAUCUUACUGGGUCGGCAGUGGCCGGUGCACUUGGUGGUUUUAACGCCCACGCAAGCAACAUCGUUUCUGCCAUCUUCAUAGCGACUGGCCAAGAUCCCGCGCAGAAUGUGGAGAGUUCUCACUGCAUCACCAUGAUGGAAGCUGUUAAUGAUGGAAAGGACCUGCACAUCUCUGUGUCCAUGCCAUCCAUUGAGGUGGGUACGGUUGGUGGGGGCACCCAGCUUGCGUCUCAGUCAGCUUGUCUGAACCUACUUGGCGUAAAGGGCGCGAGCAAAGAAUCACCAGGAUCAAAUUCAAGGCUCUUGGCCACCGUUGUAGCUGGCUCCGUACUUGCAGGGGAGCUUUCACUCAUGUCUGCCCUUGCAGCAGGGCAGCUUGUGAAGAGCCACAUGAAAUACAAUAGAUCGAGCAAGGAUGUCUCCAAAGUUGUUUCUUAAAGCCAGGCAAAAGAUUAGAGGGCCUUCCUUCAGAUAACAGAAACCCCAGCAACAACUUUAAAAUAAAAUAAAAAAUAGAAAUAAAACUUCAACGAAGCUGAGAGAGAAAGAAAAAUGGCAAGGUGAAGGUGGGGUAAGAAGAAGAAAACGAGAGAGAGUGAGGAGCAAACAUGUUUUGUACUCUUUUAUUGAACUGUAACUCUCAAACCAUGUGAAAUUGCACUUCUUCAUGGCUGGAAAGUUUGCAAUUAUGCAAAGAGAGUUUGAACCUUUGGGUGGGGGCGGUUAACUAUGUAGAUGGUUGUGUAUUUAGGUUAGGUUAGUUUUUCCCAACCUCCUCUGCCACUAGUCAGCGUGAAGAGCAUGUAACCUUUGGUCUGACUCACUUGUGUAUCUUGUUGUGGCCCAUCUCUGUUUUUUAUGGCUCUUAUCUUCUGUUGUCACUUUUAGUAGCUUGUUUACCCUGUAUGAACUAUCAACUCUGGAAAUUAGCAAGUCGGGAAAAAACCAUCUCAAAUGAGAUUUAAAUGAAUGUUUCAAGUUUUCAUGUGAUC